AGUUUAGUAAUGCUAUUUAAAAUUUUUACCAAAUUGUGCACAGUAUGCUAGUGCUUAAAAAUACUUUUGAAAUUCGUAUUAUCAAAUCCGAAUCAUAAAUUAUGUAAUUAUGUCCACGUCUCGACUCAUGAGUUGUUAGUAGUUGAUUAUAAAUUUUGCUAAACAGGUGAAAUUACUUUUGCUUUACUUUAUUUUAAUUUACAACAUAUUUACUCAUUUCGUCAUAUUAAGUAAUGCAAAAUUUAUUUAGAAUUAACCUAUUAGUUAUUAUUACUGACUGCACAUACAACUUAUGGUUAAGGCCAGAUUGUACAAUUUUGGCCUAAUAGCACUAUGCGUUUUACGCAAAAGUUUUUAUGACUUUAUUGCUAGCUUUAUAAUACAUCGUAACAAAAGCAUGUAGAGAGUGUAGAUAUUAUAGAGGUAUUAAACACUAGUCUAACAGGAAAAUGUUGCCACGUCAAUGUUCUGCUUUGUAUUAUAUGUUAUUUAUUUUUAUAUUCCAUAGAGGUUGUAUAUUUUUUUCUUUCUUUAUAGUGGUUAAUAAGUGGCGUCACUCAGGCUAUCAGGGAAAUGUGUGAAUUUGGUGUGGUCAACUUGUAUUAUAUAAAUACGCUAUAAUAAUUUUAUACCAGUAUUCCAAUCGUACAUCUAAUGAAAGCUAGUGCAGAUUUUAACCACAUGCAUUUUAAAUCUUUUGUACAAAGUAGAUAAGUAACAUAACAAUGGAUGUCGGUGAACUGCUUUCAUUUAAACCGGUGCCGACGCCAAAACGGCCAAAUGAAGAUGAAUUGGACGAUUCCGAUGAUGACAACUACUCUUCAAAGAUGCGGCGCUUGAACAAACACACUAUAGACCGGUUAUCACAGUCAUAUAGCACAACUCUACCCAAAGAACCUACAAUUACUGAUAAGGAAAGAGAAGAUAUUCUCAAAUUUGUUGAGACUGAAGUAACAGAGGGGGAAGUGCUAGAUGAAACUGCUGUAAAAAAGUUGGUGCUUAACUUUGAAAAGAAAGCCCUCAAAAACAGAGAAAUGAGAAUAAAGUUUCCAGACCAGCCAGAAAAGUUCAUGGAAAGUGAAAUAGAUUUAUUUGAAGCAUUGCAGGAAUUAAGUGCAGUGGCUACUGUCCCUGACCAGUACCCUCUGUUAGUGGAGUUAAAAUGUAUUAACUCAUUAUUGGAACUACUUUCACAUGACAACACUGAUGUCUCCACAAAAGUAGUUAAUUUAUUGCAAGAGUUGACAGACGUGGAUAUUUUGCAUGAGAGUGAGGAGGGUGCGGAGGAGCUGGUCAACGCUCUGGCGGAGGCGGAGUGCGCGGCGCUGCUGCUGCACAACCUCGCGCGCCUCGACGAACAAGUGCCGGACGAGAGAGACGCAGUUCAUAACACUUUAGGUAUAAUUGAAAAUAUAACAGAAUUUAAACCAGAACUAUGUGUCGAGGUCGCCAAGCAAGGUUUCAUUCAGUGGAUACUCAAAAGACUAAAAGUAAAGAUUCCAUUUGAUGGUAACAAGUUGUAUGCAAGUGAAAUUUUAUCAAUUCUUUUACAAAAUACUCCAGAGAACAGGAAGUUGCUGGGAGAACUAGAUGGUAUUGACGUUUUAUUACAACAAUUAGCGUUCUACAAGCGCCACGACCCCAGCGGCGCGGAGGAGCAGGAGGCGAUGGAGAACAUGUUCGACGCGCUGUGCUGCGCGCUCAUGGAGCCCGCCAACCGCGACCGCUUCCUGCGCGGCGAGGGGCUGCAGCUCAUGAAUCUUAUGUUAAGAGAAAAGAAAAUGUCCCGCAAUGGUUCAUUAAAAGUGCUGGAUCACGCGCUGGCGGGCUCCGACGGGCGGGACAACUGCAACAAGUUCGUCGACAUACUGGGGCUGCGGACAGUCUUCCCGCUCUUCAUGAAGACGCCCAAGAGGAAAAGAUUACUCACUGUGGACCAGCACGAAGAGCACGUCGUUUCAAUCAUUUCAUCGAUGUUGCGCAACUGUCAAGGAAGUCAGAGACAGAGGCUGCUGGCCAAGUUCACGGAAAAUGACCUGGAGAAAGUCGACAGACUCUUAGAAUUACACUUCAAAUAUAUGGACAAAGUUGAUCGCACUGAAAAAGAGAUGGAAGCGGAGGGCGAGGACUUGGAUGACGAAGCGCAAUAUUUAAAAAGGUUAUCGGGCGGUUUGUUUACCCUGCAACUCAUCGAUAGGAUUAUUUUAGAGGUUUGCACGGCGGGGCCGGCCGCGAUCAAGCAGCGCGUGCAGCGAGUGCUGUCGCUGAGAGGCGGCUCUUUGAAAAUUAUUCGACACGUGAUGAGAGAAUACGCGGGCAACCUGGGAGACGCUGGCAGCGAGGAAUGGCGCCAACAGGAACAACAGCAUAUAUUGCAACUUGUCGAUAAAUUCUGAUUAUGUUAUGUUUGUACUUGUAUGAUAAAUAAAUUAAAACUCGUGAACAUUAAAAUAGUUUUAUUGUAUGUGCAUUAUUAAUAAAGUAAUCCAUCAUAUCGGUAACAAGUAAACAAAAUAGACAACGAUAUACUGUAGAGUAUAUAAUAAAAGUGCAAGAUUAAAAGAAAAUUACAUGCAUAUUUCUGGGUUAAAAAUUCGUAAUGCACAAUUUGUGCUCAUAUCACACCACGAUACACGUGUGAGUCGAAGAUAAAAUCACUGUCAUUUUUACACUCAAACAAAUAAAUGUCUUCAUAAAAGACCUACUCAAAUGUGUAUUUCACCGUGGUUGAGAAUCGAAUUAAUAAUAAUUUGGAGAUAAAAUUAAAGCUAUUUUUAUUACUUAAUAACUAACACAAAAUAAGUGCUUUAUUUUAUCUAUGAAUUCAUACAGUUUCGUUAUGUAAAGACGACGCGACGGACUUGUUUCUAAGUGGCAUGUUACACGUGCACUACAAUAUUUACCACGAUUUUUGCACCGAGUUGUGAGCGUUUACUUCAGCGUAUUAUUGGCUAAUGAUAGUUAUCUUAAUUGCGUGGCGCGCAACGCAGCGCAAAUGCUUUGGAUCUUAAAACGCACAUCGGAAACUCGAGGCGCGGAGUUAUCUUGAUAAUUUUAAGUAAUCUUUUUUUUUAUAAUGUUUUACUUCCUCUGUAUGCGCUGGCCCUUAUGUGGAUCAUGGAUCGUGAUCUAAAUAUUAAUCGCGUAACAUGCCCUAAAGCGACAGCCUCUUUUAUUUAUUAUCACGGUAUUUUCACUAUUUCUACCCAUUACAUACCCAUUUUACUUUUUACAACUACUCCCCCAUACUUACACAACAAAAAAUAUGAUAAGUAAAAAUAAAGCUACAAAAUUUAUAAGUCAUCUAUCAAUACAUAAUACCAAUUUAAUUAUUUAGAACAAAUGAAACCUUAAUUAUUCUAGGUUAGAGGCUAUGUCUACUUACUGAUUUGAGUAAUAGUGAUCAUUAUCUAAUGGUGCAGACAUUAACUACUGAGGUGUAAUUGUAUGUACCGUGUUGUGAGUCACGAUAAGACAAAGAGAUCGGAGUCGCAUAUUUUUCAUCAUACCUAUUCGAUAAACGAACAUUGCUAUUAGAGGAUACCGGGAACAAAUUCCCAUUUUGUUCUCAUGGAAGUUUGAACUUUCUCUCUUCUGAUUGGUCCUCGUUCGUACUAGAGUGUGUUUUGUUUUCUCAUAGGUAAUGAUGAAAAAUAGUGUGUGUCACACAUCCAUGGUGUCAACCGGUGCCAAAAUAUUUUGUUGUCGGGCGGCUUUAUUGAAUUCCUCGCUACACUCAGGAUUCCGGGAUUCUACUAUAAUAGAAUCCUUUGUUUCGCUCUGAAUUCAAAAUAACGCCCUCGAAGAACGAAAUACCUCUUUGGUCCCUUGUAACAUAAAUAAUUAUUGUGACCGGUUGUGUACGUCACGUAGACGAUUCAAAGCGAAAGCGAUCCGAUGUGGUGACACGCGAACGCGGAGCUAUGCGGCAGCUUUUUUCUACACCACCACCGCCGCUGUUCAGUGGUGUUCAGUACACUUCCCACUAUCUAUUUGUUCGUUUUCUCCCUAGCGUUAAGGUUGUCUGGAAGAGAUCGCUAUUUAGCGAUAACACCGCCUUUUUGUACCUACAUUAUAAGUUUUCUUUUUUGUAACCUGUCAUUUGUGUUUUGGUGGUGCAAUAAAGCAUCUACAUUCAAACUGUACUUUUAUUAAUAUAAAACGACGACACCGCAUCCAAUUGCGCGAAAAUAUCAAGCCAACUAGUUUUUGGUCUUGUAAGCCAUUCAGUAGACAGUAUCGACUGUUUGUAGUCUUCGCGCUGCGCCUCGCCGCGUUCGCGUUCGCGUCAAGGUCGCUGACGUAGGACGCCGCGUACAUGGUUUCAACGAAUCACAACACAGUAGUUUCACUACACCUUAAACUUACUAAACAGCAGCUAAUAAAUAAAAGCUUGCUCAAAACAUUCAAUCUCAACGCGCAUAUUAUUUAUCCUGGAUCACAUCCAUUCGUGCCAAUCACAACCACUAAACAAUUAAAUCAUUCAAUGUUGGAAUUACUACAUAAUUAUCCAUUUGUUACAGUGCUUUACAGAUGUACUGUCUCAGUCUCUGAUCUCAUAAUUCGUUCUUUUCAUCUUUUAUACCAACACUGUUAGAGCCCGUUAUUUUUAUAAUAGUCGACACGAGAAAACAUGUUUAUUAAUUCGGAAUGUAUCAAGAGAACUGAUAUAGAAUCAGACGUGAUAGAUAUAAUUUCAAACACCGAACCAACGAUCUCCAUGUAUUACGCACAAGAUGGACCAUUCCGAACAAAAAUCGUGUUCUAUUGAAGCUGUCAUACUUAAUACUGGGGGAUGCCUGGCGUGUGCUACUAAAAUAAGAAUGUGCAUAAUGCAUUGUUUUAGUGGUCAAAACCAUCUUCGCACGUCUUUCUAAUGAAACUAGUCGGCUUUCAUCUUCGAUUGCAUUAUCACUUGCCACCAGGUGAAAUAGCAGUCAAACGAUUUCAAUUGUUCGGAAUGACCCGUCUAGUGCGUGGAGCAUAGCUCUCGUUGCCCCGAAUAGAUAAACAAUAAUCUAUGUAUGCGAAAACAUCUAGUGUAUUCCAUUCAAUAGCAUAAAAAUAAGCUUUCAAUAUCCAACUCAGAAGUUUGAAAAACCUCAAUAUAUCAGGCAACAUAAAUUAAUUCAGAUACCUAUUGUAAGUAGGAACAGUCAAGUAUCUUAUUAAAUAUAAUUAUUAUCUAUGUACUUUACGUAGUUUAUAAAAUGGUUAAAGGUACAAUUUACGAAUAUUGAUGUUCACUGUGCUCAUAGACUGUACUAUCAUUUAUCACUAAGCAUAUUUAAUUAAAAGCGUAAGUUUGUUUGUUGGUUUUUCCUUCAACCACGUCACAACGGAAGAACAGAGCGACGUGAUUUUUUACAUGGUACUUUUUAUCUCUGAAAAUCAAACUAAAUCCACGCGAACGCAGUCCCGGUAUCAUUUAGUCAUGUAUAAGGCCAGCUAUCAGAAAUUGCUUGAGAGAGAAAAUUCUAACGCGCGGUGAAAGUCACUGCUCAUACAUUCUGUACUAGAACGCCGCCGUGUUAUAGUUUACGAAUUCCGAUAGAAAAUUUCUGACAUAUGCGGCCGGCCUAAUGACAUUUAUCCAUACUAUAAUAUUAUUAUAGAUCGUCUUUGCGCAUGAAAAUUCCGCUAUGUGGAAAAGCACAAGUUUUCAGGAGACUCCUUCAAACUUA